GCUGUAGAAGAUACAACCAAUCUGCCUCCUUCCCCUCCUCCUUCACCGGCUUCAGAACAGAUGGGAACGGUGGAGGAAGAAGAGAGAGUUAAGGGUCCUGUGACUGAGAAAGAAGACGAGAAAGCUCAGGGGGGAGAAAGCAGGCCAACUGAGUCCUCCAACUUGGGGCUCAGCCAGGUCCAAUCAGAUUCAGGAUCUGAUGACACACAACACCAAGAGGAAAGUGUUGUAUGCGAAAUAGCAGAUGGAAAAAGCAUUACAAAAAGUGAAGCAGAAUCCUCUGCUGUUGUAAUGCCUUCCUUACCAGAGGAAGCCUCGAAGAUGGGGGCACAAGGACAUUCAGAUUCUGUUCCUUCCUCCGUGGAAGUUGUUGAAGAUAUUCCAUCUACUAAGAGCAAGACAGAGGAGGAACCAAAGCAAGAUAUCUUGGCAUCACAAGUCCCUGAGAAAGAUAUCAAGAAGCCAGAGAGGGAAGAUGACAAAUUGCCUUCAGUGUUAGAAAUGCCCAGCACUGAUAUAGUGUUUGAGGCUCCACAUGGUUACUCAUUUUCUAUAGAACCAUGCACCCCUACAUCUCCUGAAGCUGAACAAGACUUUAUGAAAGCUGAAACUGAAAGCAAAGAUAACCUUUCAACUUCCCCAACAAGCAAUCUGAAAGAAAACCUGUUCUCUAGUUUCCCUUCAAGUGAAAUUGCUGUACCACUUUCGACUAUACAGGAUAGAGGGCUGGCUGUCAAAGAUGAACUUUCUUUACAUACCUCAAUGCUUGUCACAGAUUCAUUUGAGAAAGACGUUACAGAUAAGACAGAUUUCCCACAAUUUGCCAAAGAUAGUGCCAUUGAAAGUUGUCACAGUCAACUGGUUCAGCCAGAGACAGAAACCUUUAGCAUAUUAAGUGCACAAAUGAAAGAAGAGAUACCUAGUUCAACAACAUCAAGUGAUGUGUCUAGUAAAGUUUCUGACAAACAACUUGAUGAAAAAGAGGAUAUUCACACCAAGCCUGGUGAAGCAAUAGGUCAAAUAAGCAUUUUGCCAAAACAAGAUGAACCGUUCAGUGGCAAAGCUACUGAUAAUGAAAAGCAAAUUAAAGAUAAACAGGAAGCAUCAGCAGUAGACACUUUUGAGAUUCAAGAUGGAAAAGAAAUUAUGUUGCAAUCUCCUAAAGAGAAAUCUUUACUAGAAUCUAAGGAUGAUAGCAAAAUUGUAACCGAGCAUAAAAUCAAGCUGGAGGAGGAUAAGUCUGGAAUGUCCACAUAUUUUGAAACAUCUGCACUGAAAGAUGAAGCUUUAGAAGGUAGUGUUCAACAAAGUAGUGAUUACUAUGAGUUGACUGAUGUGAAAGAGCCUCCUUAUGAAGCUGCUUCCAUCCCACAUAUAGCUAAAGGGGAUGAAGAUGAAGAUGAAGAGGAGAAUGAUUUAGCCCCAGCUGUUGAAGAAAAGGUCAGUGCAGCUCAUGAUGUAGGUUAUAGUACUCUUACAUCUGGAAAGAUUCAGGCAACUGUAUAUCCAGGGGAUCGUUUGUUCACAAUUGAUCCAAAUAUAUAUGCGGACAAAUCAGAGUUCCUUAGUAAAAAUAAAGAUGAUCUGACCCUCAGUCGUAGUUUAGGACUUGGCGGAAGAUCUGCAAUUGAGCAAAGAAGUAUGUCUAUAAAUCUUCCAAUGUCCUGUCUUGACUCCAUUGCAUUAGGAUUUAGCUAUGCUCGUGCCCAUGACCUUUCUCCUCUGGCAACUGAUAUUCUUUCUAAUACAAGUGGGAGCCUAGAUGAGGGCGAUGAAGGUGACUUGCCAGCCUUCACCCCAGCUAUGGAAAAAGCUCCUUCAUUCCCAGAAGAACCAGAGCACGAAGAAGAGGAGGAAGAAGAGGAUAAACAAGAAACAGAAAAAGAUACAGGGAAAGAAAGGUUUGAGUUAGAACCAUUAUGUGAGUCUCAGUAUCCGGCUAAAGAGUACUACAAGAAUGGUACUAUCAUGGCACCAGAUUUGCCCGAAAUGCUUGAUUUAACUAAACCUCGAUCCAGGCUAGAUUCAGGUAGUGCAGAGGUAGAUGUUACUAGAAGAAAGUCUGGAGCUUCUGAUAUCAUUAUUGAUGAAGGUAGUGUACUCCAGCAAGCAUCUGUAAUUGAAGGAAGCAGCCUUCUUGUAAAGACAGAUAGCCAGCAGGAAGAACUAGGCUACUGUGUGUUCAAUAAAUACACUGUCCCUCUUCCAUCUCCAGUACAAGACAGUGAAGGUGUGAGUGGGGGAAUGUCUACCCUUUAUGAAGGCCUUGCUGUAGAUCCAUCCAUUAUUCAGAUAAAACUGGCAGCAGCAGAAAAAACUUGGAAUAGAAAUGCAGGAAUCCAGCAGUGACACAGGGUCACCAGGGUGGGAGUCAGAGCAGGAUAAAAAGUUUGGUGAGACAAAACUUGAUACUGUCUUAGAAAAAGGAGAGGAUCUGACUGAGUUAAAAUAUUCAUUAGGGACAGCAGAGAUUAAAGACAAAGUAGAAGGCACAGAGCCUGGCUUCAAAGACAAAGAAACCUCUGAGAUGAAGGACGAAAUAGAUAAGAUAUCUGUAAAAGACUCCAAACCUGAAGAAAGUGAAACAGCCCCUGACACUGUCCCUGUGAAAACUGUAACAGAGACAUCUGAACAAGUCAAGCUAUCUACAGAAGAAACACUCAGUCAAGAAGUUACUGAGCCUUCUGAGUUGCAGGCACAAGAAGAAGAUACGAAAGGAGCAGUUACUGAACCCCAAGUGACUCCAGAAGAUUCUGAUUCCAUGAUGGCUAAAGUCAUUUCUGAUGAAGAUGCAGCCACUCUGAAAGAGGGUGCCAAACUUUCUGAACUUGAUUUGAAGGAGAAAGGUGGAAAGCCUGACUUAGUACAUCAAGAGGCAGUUGACAAAGAAGAGUCUUAUGAAUCUAGUGGAGAACCAGAACAAGCUCAAGAGCCAUCACAGGAGGGCUCCCAGACUACAUCACCUGUAGAUACUCAAAAACCAGAUAUUGAAGAUAUCUCUAUGCAGAUCACAAAAGAACCAAUAGAGACACUCGUUUCCCUUAAACAGGAAGUUAAGCAUGAGGAGCCAGAAAAAGUAGAGGAAGAAAAGGUGGAGGAACUUCAUUUAGAGCAAACUACGGAGACAGUUGCAACAGAAGAAAUCGAUCAGAAGAUAAUGCAACCUGUUGAUGAAGAAUUUGACAAAGAGAUACAUGAGUUAGAGGUAACAGUGGAAAGUAGUAAAGACCUAACCCAAGAAAUGCCUGAGGAAGUUGAGUUAGAGAAUGUUGAUAAAGAACCAAUUAAGGACCAUGCAGAAGAAACAAAAGGAAUUAUUGAGUCUGUGGUAACAGUGGAAGAUGAUUUUAUUAAGGUAGAGCAAACCACUGUGGAUGAAGGUGAAUCUGUGGCUCACAAUGUCCGCUUUGCAGCAACUCAACCUGCUGAACUUGAUGAGAAGCACUUAACAGAAGAAGAAGAGGAGGAGGAGGAGGAGGAGGAUGAGGAGGAGGAAGUAAUAGAAGAAGAAUCCAAUGAAGAGCCCAAAGAAGGAUCACCUUGUAUGCCAGCUUCCCCAGAAAGGGAGGAAACAGAAUACAAGACAGAAACACAGGAUGAUUACAGAGAUGAAACAACCAUUGAUGAUUCCGUUCUGGAUACAGAUAGCAUUUGGGUGGACACACAAGAUGAUGAAAGAAGUAUCAUGACUGAAGCUAUAGAGGCAAUUCCAAAGGAGGAGAAGGUAGAGCGAGGAGUACAGAAGGCUCCUAUUGAAAGACAUAGAAAAGAUAAGCCAAUCAAAACUGGCCGAGGUCGAAUUUCUACUCCGGAAAGAAAAAUUCCUAAAAAGGAACCCUGCAUAACCUCCAGAGAUGAAGCGAGAAGGAAAAAAGCAGUUCUUAAGAAAGCUGAAAUUGGUAAAAAAUCAGAUGUUCAGACCCACUCUCCCUCCAGGAAAGUAAUUUUAAAACCUGCGGUCAAGCAAUCUAGACCGGCCCAUCAGGUCUGCGUGAGGAGGAAGCCGGCAGGGGGAGAUUCUCAGCAAACGCCAAGUGCCCUUCGGCAAACCAAGGACAGGAUCACUGAUGGGUUGACUAAAAGUCCGGAAAAACGCUCAUCCUUGCCUAGACCUUCCUCCAUUCAUCCUACCAGGAAGAUCAUUCCUAUAGAUAAGGAAGAGAACUCUAUAUCCACCAGCACUUCUGUGUCUUCCUCAGUGAGACGCACUACCAGAUCUGAGCCAAUUUGGAGUCGAACAGGAAAGAGUGGAACAUCUACCCCAACCACACCUGGAUCUACAGCUAUUACUCCAGGAACACCACCAAGCUAUGCUUCAAGAACUCCAGGCACACCAGGAACACCAAGUUACUCACGCACACCACGCACUCCAGGAACUCCGAAAUCUGCCAUGUUUGUGCAUACAGAUAAGAAAGUGGCUAUUCUUCGUACACCUCCCAAAUCCCCAGCUACAUUAAAACAAAUGCGUUUAAUGAAUCAGCCACUACCUGACCUGAAGAACAUCAAGUCUAAGAUUGGAUCCAUAGACAACAUUAAGUAUCAGCCUAAAGGGGGACAGAUCCAGAUUGUAAGUAAGAAGAUUAACCUUAGCCAUAUCACAUCAAAAUGUGGAUCUCUAAAGAACAUACGCCACAGGCCAGGUGGUGGAAAUGUGAAGAUUGAAAGUGUUAAACUAGACUUCAAGGAGAAGGCCCAGGCAAAGAUUGGUUCUCUAGAUAAUGCCCAUCAUAUUCCUGGAGGGGGCAACAUAAAGAUAGACAGCCAGAAACUGCAUUUCCGUGAACAGGCAAAGGCCCGUGUAGAUCAUGGCGCCGAGAUUAUUACAGAAUCUCCAGGAAGGUCCAGUGUGGCUUCUCCACGGCGUCUCAGCAAUGUGUCAUCCUCUGGAAGCAUCAAUCUGCUAGAAUCCCCACAGCUUGCUACUCUAGCAGAAGACGUCACUGCAGCCCUGGCCAAACAGGGAUUAUGA